AUGGAGCGUUUUUUCAAAUCUCCAAUUAUUAAUUACAUUUUGUACAUUUGUAAUGCUGUAUUUGCGGUAUUUGGAUUUACACUGAUCGUUGUUGGUAUUGUAAUGAUAAAGAAAAUCGGCGAUUUUACGAAAUAUCCAAAUGCAUCUGAUAUUAAAACACUGCCUACAUUGGUCAUUAUAUUGGGCUUUUUUAUUGUAGCAGUAGCCAUAUUUGGAAGUUUUGGCGUGUUUGUAGAAAAUACAAUUUUCCUAACUAUUUAUGGUGUUGCAACGUUUGUGAUAUUUAUCCUUCAACUGGCAAUGAUUUCAUGGGUUUUUGUAAAUAUUAGCAAAUUUCCCAACUCUAAGUCGGAUUUAGUUCUCACGGCUUGGACGCAAAACUAUCCGCAGUACUCAUACCCCAUGGAUAUUUUACAAAUACAGUUUAAUUGUUGUGGUCGUUAUGGACCGAAUGAUUAUAUCAGCGCUGGUAUGGCGGUUCCAAAUUCAUGUUGUGGUAAUUGGAUUUUAGUGGACUGUCCCGACAAAGUUUUCCUUACCAAACCUGGUUGCUACAUGGAAUUUUAUGAUUUUUGGGCAGCCAACAACGAUAUUAUUCGAUUUGUCGGUAUUGUUUUAGGAGUGGCUGAACUUAUCUCCAUGUUCUUUACUUUCCAUUUUGUAAGAGCGUUACGCCAGUCGAACAAUUCCUUUUAAAUU